UGUACUUUGCUGUGUAGGCAGAGUAGACCAGAACAAUUUGAUGGACACGUAGACCAACACUGCUUUAAGACAACCCCAAUAGGAUGACUUUCAAACUACAAACUAGUUUUAAAAUUAGGAUGGUUUCCAGUUAGGUACACAAGCUUCAUGUCCCGCUGGAAAGUGAGUCAAGAUGAUGACUGGAGACGUUGUUGCUAUGUGGGAGGUGGCGUUGAGUGACGGGGUUUACAGAAUUGAGUUUGAACAUGGAACAACGACAGGAAAGAGGGUUGUUUGGAUUAAUGGACAGGAAGUGCUCAGAAGAGAUUGGAUGUUCAAACUGGUUGGAAAGGAGACUUUCACAGUAGGAGGGAUGGAAACAAGAGCAACAGUAAACAUUGAGGCUAUCAGUGGCUUUACUUACGAGUACACCUUGGAGAUUGAUGGCAAAAGUCUCCAGAAAUUCACGGACAAUAGAUCAAAAGCUACUAAGACUUGGGUGUUACAGGUGGAUGGUGUUGACUGCAGGAUUGUCCUUGAGAAGGACACAAUGGAUGUAUGGUGCAAUGGGCAGAAAAUGGAGACAAUGGGAGAGUUUGUGGAUGACGGAACAGAGACACACUUCACAGUGGCAGACCAUGAAUGCUGCAUCAAAGCUUUGAGCAGUGGGAAGAAAAGAGCUGGCAUCGUCCAUUAUUUAAUGGUGGAUGGAGAAGCAGUAUCCAACUGGGAUGAUUGAGGAAGAAACUGGACCACUGAACUUAACAAGUCCGGAAUCUUCUGACAUGUUGGAUAUAUCCUAUGUGUGAAUAUAAUGAGAGGCAGCAUCUGGGCUGAGUGCAUUGAACUGAGAUGUCAAAUUAUGUUUUGGGAUCAACAUUUAUGUGGUGGGUAUUAAUAAGAGCCUUGUUAUCCUAUAACCUUGUUAUCCUUUUGAUAACCAGGUUGUAUAAGUGAAUAAAUCAACAACAAAAUAAUGUAAAUAUGAACUUUUUUAAUUGGUCAAUAAAAUA